UAACAUUUCUAUUAUCGGCAGAGAUAAAGACUAUAUAAAAGACUUUUCAAAAAUCCACCACUGGUCCAAAAAAAAUAAUAAAAAAAAAAAAAUUGCACCACACAUUGCCACUAUCUAAAAAGUUAAUUGCUCACCAUUCUUGACCAUGAUGUUGAAUUGUUUUUUCUCUUCAUCCCAUUUUUUUCUCUUAUUGAUGUUAACACUUGCUGUUUAUUAAUUUAGUUGUCAGUUUAAUUACUCAACUCAAAUGGAGACAAAAAGAGGUUGUUGAUUGAUGAUCUUGGGCUAAAAGGGUAGUACUAGUGUUGGUGAAGGGAAGUGUUUGGAGGAAAAGAAAGGAAAAUCUGGUAGUUAUGGAAGAAGAAGACAAUACUUAUCAAGAAAAUCAUGGUUGUUUGUUAAAAGCAGCUAGGAAAGUCAGUGUUUUAGUAACAAAGAUGGUGGAGUUGCCGAUGAAGAUCAGAGCUCCGGUGAGAGCUUCCAUCAUCUUGUUCCUCAUCCUCUUGACUGCUGCCCUUUUAUCACUCCAUUGGAUUGAUGCUGUGCCUCCUGCUAUUACAGAUAUGUCAUUCCAAGAGGCAUUUCUACCCUCCAUAACUUCCAAUACAUCUUGGGCUGGGAUCAAUUGCUCAUUCACAUGCCCUACACCUUCUCCAGCAACAAUCAAGCCAAAUGAAUCCUCAUCCUCCGAGGUGUGCCCAGAGUACUUCCGGUGGAUCCACGAAGAUCUUAAGCCAUGGAAAAAGAAAGGAAUCACAAAGAAAAUGGUGGAAAGUAUUCAAAGUGAAGCACAUAUUAGAAUAAUUGUAGUGAAUGGAAGAUUGUAUGUGAGGAAGUAUAGAGGGGUGUACCAAACAAGAGAUGUGUUCACUGUGUGGGGCAUAUUGCAGCUGAUGAAGUUGUACCCUGGAAAGUUACCAGACUUGGAUAUCAUGUUUGAAUGUAGUGACAGACCAGUGAUUCAAAAGACGAACUAUGGUGGAUCAAAAGUGCCUCCAAUGUUUCAUUACUGUGGGAGUGAUUCAACUCUGGAUAUAGCUUUUCCUGACUGGUCCUUUUGGGGUUGGCCAGAGGUGUAUAUAAAGCCAUGGGAAACCCUGAGGAAGGAUCUAGAAGAAGGCAACAAGAGAGUGAAGUGGAUUGAUAGGUUACCCUAUGCUUAUUGGAAAGGGAACUCGUGGGUUAGUUCAGUCAGAAAUGAGCUUCUCAAAUGCAAUGUCACUGACAAACAGGAUUGGGGUGCACUCGUUUAUCAGCUGGAUUGGGAACUUGCGCGUGAAGAGAGGUAUAAAAAUACAAAUUUGGCAAACCAAUGCACUCAUAGAUAUAAGAUUUAUGCUGAAGGAGUUGCAUGGUCUGUAAGUCAAAAAUAUAUUCUGGCAUGUGAUUCAAUGAGUUUGCUGAUAGCACCCCACUUUUACGAAUUUUUCACAAGAAGUUUACUACCCACAAUUCACUAUUUGCCAAUCAAUGAGAUGGACAUGUGCAGAUCUAUCAAGUUUGCCGUUGACUGGGGAAACAAAUACCCACAAAAGGCUCAAGAGAUUGGCAAGGUAGGGAGCAAAUUCAUUCUAGAUGAGCUAAAAAUGAAGAAUGUAUAUGAUUACAUGUUUCAUUUGCUAUAUGGAUAUGGAAAGCUUCUAAAAUACAAACCGAUUGUACCUAAAGGAUCAACCGAAGUGUGUUUAGAGACAUUGGCAUGUUCUGGAAGCGAGUUGGAGAAGAAGUUCAAGAUGAUUUCCAUGGUGAGCGGUCCAAGAGAUACGAGCCCUUGCACCAUGCCUGCAGCUUAUGAUCCUACAACUCUUCAAUCAUUUCUUGAGAGGAAAGCAAACCUAACAAAGCAAGUAGAGAGAUGGGAGGCAAGUGAACAUACAUAAUUGUAAGAGACAAAUUUAGAAAAAAAAUUCCAAGUAGUUUUUUUGCCUCAUUGUGUACGCUAUAAGAAAAAGGAUUACUAAUUGUCAGUCCUUGCACACGAAUUUUAUUUUAUUUUUUUGGAGUUCGUUUUGAUGAA